GAAAACUUCAUCAUUGUGGUGCUGAUCACUUGCGCCCUGGUGAUUCCCUUCACGACAUUGCUGCAGCCUUUGACCAGCACCAUGCUCUCGGUGAAGCACCAGAUGUGUGGAGGGAACCGCACCUUUAUUGUGACCUUCAAUUCGGACACCCAGCAGACCAUUGGCAAAACGACGCGGCCCAUCGGCAGCGAGUACGACCGGGCGGCUCCAAUGAUCGAAAUUGCCGUGAUGGAAACUUGCUUCUGUCUUGAUGGCCAGUAG